UAAAACAGAAUGCGCGGUCAAGAUUGGCGCGAAAUUGUGGCCGCCCCGUCCCCUCGUUCCUAUUUGUGCAGGCGAGGCCCCGCCCCCCGCCCCGGCGCACGGCAGGGUCACGGCGCGCUCGCGCCCGCAGACGCCUGGGAACUGCGGCCACGGGCUCGCGCUCCCGGCCGGGCCCUGUCCCCGGGCUGCUAUCCUUCCCCUGCCAUGUCUCGCCGGAAGCCUGCGUCGGGCGGCCUCGCUGCCUCCAGCCCAGUGCCUGCGAGGCAAGCUGUUUUGAGCAGAUUCUUCCAGUCUACUGGAAGCCUGAAAUCCACCUCCUCCCCCACGGGUGCAACGGAUCAGGUGGACCAUGACGCCGCAGCGCCCCCAGCGUCCACUUUCCCGCCCCAGUUGCCGCCGCUCGUGGCUACAGAAAUGGACAGAAAUAAGAAGAGACCAUUGGAAAAUGAUGGGUCUGUUAAAAAGAAAGUAAAGAAAGCCCAACAAAAGGAAGGAGGAAGUGAUCUGGGAAUGUCUGGCACCUCUGAGCCAAAGAAAUGUCUGAGGACCAGGAAUGUUUUAAAGUCUUUGGAAAAAUUGAAAGAAUUCUGCUGCGAUUCUGCCCUUCCUCAAAGUAGAGUCCAGACAGAAUCUCUGCAGGAGAGAUUUGCAGUUCUGCCAAAAUGUACUGAUUUUGAUGAUAUCAGUCUUCUACGUGCAAAGAAUGCAGUUUCUUCUGAAGAUUCGAAAUGUCAGAUUAAACAAAAGGAUACAACACUUUUUGAUGUCAGUCAGUUUGGAUCAUCAAAUACAAGUCAUGAAAAUUUACAGAAAACUGCUUCUAAACCAGCUAACAAACGUUCCAAAAGCAUUUAUACGCCGCUAGAAUUACAAUACAUAGAAAUGAAGCAGCAGCACAAAGAUGCAGUUUUGUGUGUGGAAUGUGGAUAUAAGUAUAGAUUCUUUGGGGAAGAUGCAGAGAUUGCAGCCCGAGAGCUCAAUAUUUAUUGCCAUUUAGAUCACAACUUUAUGACAGCAAGUAUACCUACUCACAGACUGUUUGUUCAUGUACGCCGCCUGGUGGCAAAAGGAUAUAAGGUGGGAGUUGUGAAGCAAACUGAAACUGCAGCAUUAAAGGCCAUUGGAGACAACAGAAGUUCACUCUUUUCCCGGAAAUUGACUGCCCUUUAUACAAAAUCUACACUUAUUGGAGAAGAUGUGAAUCCCCUAAUCAAGCUGGACGAUGCUGUAAAUGUUGAUGAGAUAAUGACUGAUACUUCUACCAGCUAUCUUCUAUGCAUCUCUGAAAAUAAGGAAAAUGUUAGGGACAAAAAAAAGGGCAACAUUUUUAUUGGCAUUGUGGGAGUGCAGCCUGCCACAGGCGAGGUUGUGUUUGAUAGUUUCCAGGACUCUGCUUCUCGUUCAGAGCUAGAAACCCGGAUGUCGAACCUGCAGCCAGUAGAGCUGCUGCUUCCUUCGGCCUUGUCCGAGCAAACAGAGAUGCUCAUCCACAGAGCCACAUCUGUUAGUGUGCAGGAUGACAGAAUUCGAGUUGAAAGGAUGGAUAACAUUUAUUUUGAAUAUAGCCAUGCUUUCCAGGCAGUUACAGAGUUUUAUGCAAAAGACACAGUUGACAUUAAAGGUUCUCAAAUUAUUUCUGGCAUUGUUAACUUAGAGAAGCCUGUGAUUUGCUCUUUGGCUGCCAUCAUAAAAUACCUCAAAGAAUUCAACUUGGAAAAAAUGCUCUCCAAACCUGAGAAUUUUAAACAGCUAUCAAGUAAAAUGGAAUUUAUGACAAUUAAUGGAACAACAUUAAGGAAUCUGGAAAUCCUACAGAAUCAGACUGAUAUGAAAACCAAAGGAAGUUUGCUGUGGGUUUUAGACCACACUAAAACUUCAUUUGGGAGACGGAAGUUAAAGAAGUGGGUGACCCAGCCACUCCUUAAAUUAAGGGAAAUAAAUGCCCGGCUUGAUGCUGUAUCUGAAGUUCUCCAUUCAGAAUCUAGUGUGUUUGGUCAGAUAGAAAAUCAUCUACGUAAAUUGCCCGACAUAGAGAGAGGACUCUGUAGCAUUUAUCACAAAAAAUGUUCUACCCAGGAGUUCUUCUUGAUUGUCAAAACCUUAUAUCACCUAAAGUCAGAAUUUCAAGCAAUAAUACCUGCUGUUAAUUCCCACGUUCAGUCAGACUUGCUCCGCACCGUUAUUUUAGAAAUUCCUGAACUCCUCAGUCCAGUGGAGCAUUACUUAAAGAUACUCAAUGAACAAGCUGCCAAAGUUGGGGAUAAAACUGAAUUAUUUAAAGACCUUUCUGACUUCCCUUUAAUAAAAAAGAGGAAGGAUGAAAUUCAAGGUGUUAGUGACAAGAUCCGAAUGCAUUUGGAAGAAAUACGAAAAAUACUAAAAAAUCCUUCUGCACAAUAUGUGACAGUAUCAGGACAGGAGUUUAUGAUCGAAAUAAAGAACUCUGCUGUAUCUUGUAUACCAACUGAUUGGGUAAAGGUUGGAAGCACAAAAGCUGUGAGCCGGUUUCACUCUCCUUUUGUUGUAGAAAAUUACAGACAUCUGAAUCAGCUCCGGGAGCAGCUAGUCCUUGACUGCAGUGCUGAAUGGCUUGAUUUUCUAGAGAAAUUCAGUGAACAUUAUCACUACUUGUGUAAAGCAGUGCAUCACCUAGCAACUGUUGACUGCAUUUUCUCCCUGGCCAAGGUCGCUAAGCAAGGAGAUUACUGCAGACCAACUGUACAAGAAGAAAGAAAAAUCAUAAUAAAAAAUGGAAGGCACCCUGUGAUUGAUGUAUUGCUGGGAGAACAGGAUCAAUAUGUUCCCAAUAGUACAGAUUUAUCAGAGGACUCAGAGAGAGUAAUGAUAAUUACUGGACCAAACAUGGGUGGAAAGAGCUCCUACAUAAAACAAGUUGCAUUGAUUACCAUCAUGGCUCAGAUUGGCUCCUAUGUUCCUGCAGAAGAAGCGACAAUUGGGGUUGUGGAUGGCAUUUUCACAAGGAUGGGUGCUGCAGACAAUAUAUAUAAAGGACGGAGUACAUUUAUGGAAGAACUGACUGACACAGCAGAAAUAAUCAGAAAAGCAACAUCACAGUCCUUGGUUAUCUUGGAUGAAUUGGGAAGAGGGACGAGCACCCAUGAUGGAAUUGCCAUUGCCUAUGCUACACUUGAGUAUUUCAUCAGAGAUGUGAAAUCCUUAACCCUGUUUGUCACCCAUUAUCCGCCAGUUUGUGAGCUAGAAAAAAAUUACUCACACCAGGUGGGGAAUUACCACAUGGGAUUCUUGGUCAGUGAGGAUGAAAGCAAACUGGAUCCACGUAUGAAAUAUUCCUGCGGGAGAAAUUAUAGGCCUGGCACUGUGGUUCAUGCCUGUAAUCCCAGCACUUUGGGAGGCCGAGGCGAAGAACAAGUCCCUGAUUUUGUCACCUUCCUUUACCAAAUAACUAGAGGAAUUGCAGCAAGGAGUUAUGGAUUAAAUGUGGCUAAACUAGCAGAUGUUCCUGGAGAAAUUUUGAAGAAAGCAGCUCACAAGUCAAAAGAGCUGGAAGGAUUAAUAAAUACGAAAAGGAAAAGACUCAAGUAUUUUGCAAAGUUAUGGACGAUGCAUAAUGCACAAGACCUGCAGAAGUGGACAGAGGAGUUCGAAAUGGAAGAAACACAGACUUCUCCUCCUCAUUAAGACUACAUUUGUGAACAAAAAAUGGAGAAUUAAAAAUACCAACUGUACAAAAUAACUCUCCAGUAACAGCCUAUGUUUGUGUGACAUGUGAGCAUAAAAUUAUGACCAUGGUAUAUUCCUACUGGAAACAGAGAGGUUUUUCUGAAGACAGUCUUUUUCAGGUUCCUGUCUUCCUAACUUUUCUAAGUAUAAACACUCUUCAAUAGACUUCCACUUUGUAAUUAGAAAAUUUCAUGGACAGUAAGUCCAGUAAAGCCUUAAGUGGCAGAAUAUAAUUCCCAAGCUUUUGGAGGGUGAUAUAAAAAUUUACUUCAUAUUUUUAUUUGUUUCAGUUCAGAUAGUUGGCAGCUGGGUGAAUCUGGCAGGAAUCUCUCCAUUUGAACUAAAAUAAUUUUAUUAGGCAACCAGUUUAUCCACCAAGACCAUAAGAAUUUAUAAGAAAUAGAAAGAAUUGGCCAGGCAUGGUGGCUCACACCUGUAAUCCCAGCACUUUGGGAGGCCAAGGCGGGCAGAUCACCUGAGGUCGUGAGUUCAAGACCAGCCUGGCCAACAUGGCAAAACCCCAUCUCUACUAAAAAUACAAAAAAAUUAGUCGGGCAUGGUGGCGCACGCCUGUAGUCCCAGCUACUCGGGAGGCUGAGGCAGGAGAAUCCCUUGAACCUGGGAGGUGGAGAUUGCAGUAAGCUGAGAUCACGUGACUGCACUCCAGCCUGGGCAAUACAGCAAGAUUCCAUCUCAAAAAAAAAAAAAGAGAAAAGAAAUAGAAUUAUCAAGCUUUUAAAAACUAGAGCACAGAAAGAAUAAGGUCAUGAAAUUUAAAAUAUUAAAUAUUGUCACAGGAUUAAGCAGUUUAAAGACUGUUGGAUGAAAUUAUUUGUCAUUUGUUUGAGUAAUAAAUAUUUAAUGAAUGCUUGCUAUAGAUGAUGGUAUGUCCCAUUGAAUUUUCAAUUUUCAAGUGUUUGGAAAUUGUCAUUUUUUUAGGUGUAGUUAUGAAAUUAAGGUUACCGCUUUGAUCAGCGCUAUACAUAGAAGUGAACUUGUUCAUUUAGGACCUUGCUGUUCAUCAACGUAUCAAGUGUAUGAUCUUCCCAGUAAUGAGCCUUACAGCUUAGCUGAUUCAUAACAGUGCUCCCUUCCUGCAAAUUUAGGGUAACACGUGCUCACAUGUGUCCCUGGGUUUUUUACAGCACUUACAAUCUGGCUUCCCAGAUCCAUGUGUUCUUUUUGUUUCUAAAUAUAUGAUCUUGCACAAAAGCUCUCCAUCCUAUUUUCCUCUCUUAUUAUUUCUGCUCAGUUAAAUGUCUUCCCCACAUUUGAUGGACAUAUUUUUAAUUCCUUCUUCUGGAUUAUUACCUUCAGUGAUCCCAGCAAUGACCCCAGACACAGGAGUCAAUACAGUGUCCCCAGGUUGUGGCUUCACUUUUGAGUCAGUCACUUUUUAGCUAUCAGACUCCCAACCUUAUUGGAGUUAGAGUAUGAUGUAAUUUGAUUGAUUCUACCACCCCUCCAGAAAUACUAAUGUAUAGUCAAAUUCUCAAAACUGUCAAAAUAGAGUUGGAAUGUAUGCUUUAACUUUUAAAAAUAACAAAAUUGUUUCAGUACUCUAUAUAACUGUAAAUGUCUUAUAUUCUUUCUAACAAGAUUUCAAAGAUAGUGCUGUAACCUACCUCACAGGGAGAAAAGGAGAUGACUCCAGGAAUGUGAUGCCCAUGCCAGAGGGAGCUGCAGGGACCAGCAAUCACUGGUAAUGUCCAGGUGGACAUCUGGCGCCACCUCUCCCUCUUGCUUGGUCCAGGCCAGCAUCAACACUGAAGCAGGUAGGGGUUCCAGGAGCAUUGUGUCCUGGCAGUGGCAGCACACAGUGUCUGGCAGCUGACAGCGCAGAACUUUACAGGGUAGAUUCUCCAGCAUGAGCAGGACGCCAGCCAGGCCGCCAGCUUGCGGGAGCGCAGGCCUCCUCUCAGCUGGGGAAGAGAUCAGCACAGCUGAACUGCAUUUCUAAGUGAGGCUCAUCCCCAGCUGGGUUACUGAGAUAUUGGAGGAAACGUUGAGGCCAAAUCCCAGUCAUAAAGACUGCAUAAAUGCCAUGGGGAGGUAGGCAGAAAGUUGCAAACAAUUGUGUUUGUAUUUCAGAUGACUAUCUUGGGGCUGCAAUUCUAAGGUUAGAUAUAACCACACAGGUGAGAAUAGGGCUGCUGGUGCAUGGCAGGGGCCCUUCAGAUUCCCUCUGGUAUUGCACAGGCAUGAGCAUACUUCAGAUGGAGACUGGGGGAGAUGGGGCUGACUGGUGGCCAAAUGUCAGGGAAAGCAACUUUUGAAUAUGAUGUAUUCCUUUAAGUGACUUGUCUGUUUUUAGCCAUCACAUUACAAAUUAAGAGCUAGUGAUUCUGCAAUAACACACACCAAUUCCUCGAAAACCUUCUAAAGUCAGACCAGUUUAAUAAUUCCAACCUUAGGGGAAAAAAAGCCAAACACAUUUUAACAAGUUUCAACUUUGACCUUUCUGUUGCUUCAUCUCUCCUCAGUGCUGUCUAUUCUAUAUAGUUUUUAAAAUAUUCUUAUUAUAGAACUAGUAUAAUAAUAUUUGAAAAU